AUGGCCUCCGAACUACCCCCCAAUGCUCUCGGCAACCUUGCCUCUUCCAUCAAGAACAUCGUCACUGGCGUACCCCUAGAGGAGAAAUCCGAGACCGAGGUGCAAGCCACCAACGUUGACAAGACCAAGGCCAAGACUCUUGAUCGCACCGUUGACAAGACCGUCGAGACCACCGACGAUGCCACCGUCCACAAGGAAAAGGUCGCACCAGUCCUCCACGAGGAUGUCAAGUCUCACCAGCACGAAAAGGUUGACACUGAGAUCGACCACGAAAUCCACCAGGACCACUACCACACCACUGUCCAACCUGUAAAGGACAAGAACGUUCUCCCUACCAAGCAUGUCUACAAGGAGAACGAGUUUGAGGAGGAGAUUGACCAUCGUAACAACGAGGCCAAGAUCAAGGCCCAGGAGGAGGCUGCCAAGAUUCACGACGAGAAGAAUGUCCAUGACACUACCAAGUCAAAGGAGUAUGUUCCUGCCAAGGAGCAGGAGCAUGUUCAUCACCACCUUCACGAGACUAUUCAGCCCGUCAUCGAGCGAGAAACCGUUCAACAAAAGGUCAUCCACACCAAGAACAAGAUCCACGAGAAGGAACAGCUGAACGACGAAUUCCACGAAGCCACCGUCGCACCUGCCAUUUCCAUGGCCGAGUUCGAGAAGGAGGGCGGCGUCCAGAAAGGUACCACCACUACCAAGGACGUUGAGUUUCCCGUGUCCAGCGUCAAGUCCAAGAAGAGAGAGGCUCUGACUGGUGAGAUUGACGAGUCUUCUAAAAUUGGGUACUCAGAAUCUAUCUAG